UGUAAAGCGGACAUUUUGAAGUAAAACACAAAAGUCGAGCACCGGAAAAAAAGUCUUGCUAGAUAAUAGUUCGCUUAUACAAGUGGUGGUGGAUGAAGAUUUUUUUCGAAACUCCUUGGAACACAACAUUACAAGAGUUCCUCGUCGUCGAGCUAACAAUUGCGCACUGAAAAACUAAAUAAGUAAAGAAGAAAAGAAGAAGAAUUAAAACUCAAAAGUAAACAACUUUAUCCGAAAAACAAAUUUGUCAAAUUAUGAAUAAAAUCUACUUAUAUUUGGCGAUACGUUCUGGCGCUGCUGUUGAUUGCAUCAUUUUUCUCAUGUAAUACACAAUUUAACAAUAACUGUGCCACUGAUAACCUAUGGUUAACCCCACACAUCGCGCAUUUGAACUUACUCUAGCUUCUCAUCAAUUAAUAUAACCGAAUUUCUUCAUUAUACAGAUUAGUUAUUAUAGGUCAGUGUGAAAGUGAACUUAGUGGAUCAUUACAGUGAAUAAUUUUCCAUCAAAGAUGACACUCGAAAACAGGAUAAUAAGAUUAUACAAAAGACCUGGUUUUACUAACGCCAAAAAAGUAGAAAUUAUUGAAAAACUACAAGAAAAAUGCGAUCUAAUCGUUGGAUUGGAGACUGAAUUGUGUUACCAUGUUGAAGUGGGAGCGCCUCUGUCCAAAGAGGAAGAAAAAAAAUUAAUGUGGGUACUAUAUGAUCCGUUACAUCCUGAAAAAUUGUCACAUCAGGGCUUAAAAAUUUCGGAUAACCAGGUACUUAUAGAAGUUGGACCCAGAUUUAAUUUUUCAACUCCUAGCUCCACAAAUGCAGUAUCAAUUUGUCAAAAUUUGGGGUUAAAGAAAAUUGUCAGGGUGGAAGUAUCCCGCAGAUACCUUUUAAAUGUCAAAAUUCAUAGCAUUGUUUCCCCUGAUAUGGAAAGAGUUCUUGCUUCAGUGUUAUAUGAUCGCAUGACUGAGUGUCUUUAUACUUCCAAAAAUAUUCCUAAAAACAGCUUUAAUGAAUGCCUUCAAAAGACAGAAAACAUAAAAGAAGUUGAUGUAUUGACGAAAGGUGAAAAGGCCCUGCAAGAAAUAGAUCAUGAACUGGGAUUGGCUUUUGACAAGUCUGACUUGACAUAUUAUACCAACUUGUUUAAAAAUGUGUUAAAAAGAAAUCCAACAAAUAUUGAAUGCUUCGAUUUAGCUCAGUCAAAUAGUGAACAUAGCCGUCACUGGUUUUUUAAGGGCAAAAUGAUUAUAGAUGAUGUAGAAUAUGAGGAGUCUCUGAUUGAUAUGAUAAUUGAUACUCAAAAACACACAAACCCAAACAAUGUGAUCAAAUUUAGUGAUAACAGUAGUGCCAUAAAGGGGUUUAUCCACCGGAGCCUGAAACCAGCCUCUGCGGGAUCUGUAAGUGAACUUCGACAAGUUACAUCUGAAACUCACCUUAUAUUUACCGCGGAAACGCACAACUUCCCGACUGGCGUGGCUCCAUUCAGUGGCGCCACCACAGGAACCGGUGGCAGAAUUCGUGAUGUGCAAUCCGUCGGUAGAGGAGGAUAUUGUAUUGCAGGUACUGCCGGAUAUUCAGUUGGCAAUCUUAACAUCCCGGACUACAAUUUGCCUUGGGAAGAAAAAUCAUUCGAGUACCCGUCGAAUUUUGCGCCGGCGCUUGAAAUUUUGGUUGAAGCAAGUAAUGGCGCUUCGGAUUAUGGUAAUAAAUUUGGAGAACCUUUAAUCAGCGGGUUUGUUAGGUCAUUCGGGCUUAUUGAGGGCAAUAAUGAACGGAGGGAGUGGAUUAAGCCAAUCAUGUUCAGUGGGGGAAUUGGGAGUAUGGAGGCGAAUAUGACUGAAAAGCUUACGCCUGUAAUUGGACAACAAAUUGUCAAAAUAGGUGGUCCAGUGUACCGAAUUGGGGUUGGCGGCGGGUCUGCCAGUUCUGUUGAAGUUCAGGGUGAUAACAAAGAGGAACUGGAUUUUAAUGCGGUCCAAAGAGGCGACGCUGAAAUGGAAAAUAAACUAAAUCGAGUUGUCCGCGCAUGCUUAGAAUUAGGCAAAAAGAAUCCAAUUUUAAGUAUUCAUGACCAAGGUGCGGGUGGUAAUGGAAAUGUACUUAAGGAACUUGUGGAACCUGUUGGUGGCAUUAUUUACGCCAAUAGAUUUGAACUAGGUGAUCCCACCAUUAAUAUUCUGGAAUUGUGGGGUGCGGAAUAUCAAGAAAACAACGCACUUCUUUGCAAAAAAGAAGACAUUGAGCUGUUAAAAACUAUUUGUAAAAGAGAAAGAUGUCCUGUUAACAUAGUUGGUGAAGUAACUGGAAGUGGGUCUGUUGUACUAUCACUAGAUGAAUCCAACACUGUAACUCCAUUUGAUUUAAAACUUGAACAUGUGUUAGGAAAAAUGCCUAGAAAAGUUUUCAAAUUAGAACGAAAAUUACCUAUCCUGAAACCAUUGAAUCUGCCUCCCGCCACUUCUAUUUAUAACUGUUUGGAUAGAGUAUUGAGGUUGCCAUCUGUUAGCAGCAAAAGAUAUUUAACCAAUAAAGUUGAUAGAUGUGUCACUGGUUUGAUAGCUCAACAACAAUGCGUGGGUCCUUUACAUACUCCGCUGGCGGAUGUUGCAGUUACGGCAAUUUCUCAUUUUGGUCACGAGGGUAUUGCUUCCUCUAUAGGCGAACAACCUAUCAAAGGAUUAAUUAACAUAGCUGCGGGUGCCCGUAUGACAGUUGCAGAGGCACUUAGCAAUCUCGUUUUUGCUCUCAUAACAGACCUCCGCGACGUAAAAUGCAGUGGCAAUUGGAUGUGGGCGGCAAAAUUGCCUGGAGAAGGUGCCGCCCUCUACGACGCUUGCGUAGCCAUGUGCAAAUUAAUGUCCGAGUUAGGAAUAGCCAUUGAUGGAGGAAAAGAUUCCCUGAGUAUGGCUGCCCGAGUUGGGCCAGAUACUGUUAAAGCUCCGGGUACAUUAGUGAUCUCCACUUACGCACCUUGUCCCGAUAUUAGAAAGGUUAUAACACCAGAUUUUAAAGCACCGUCUAUGGGAAAGCAGGGAACUUUGCUAUUUGUUGACUUAUCCCAUGAUGCUAAUAGAUUGGGAGGAUCCGCGUUGGCGCACACUUUUAAGCAACUAGGAAGCGAGUGUCCAGACAUACAUUCAGCCACAGAUUUAGUCAAUGCUUUUGCCGCAACUCAAGAACUUAUCAGAGAUAAUGCAGUGCUAGCUGGACAUGAUGUUAGUGAUGGUGGAUUAAUAGUUUGCCUACUUGAAAUGUGUUUUGCUGGCCUAAGUGGAAUAACUGUCAACAUCAAGCAUAGACAAGGAAAAUCCAUCCCUAUCCUUUUCUCGGAAGAAGUGGGAUGGGUGCUUGAGGUUUUGGACAAAGAUGUUGAUCACUGUCUUUCAGUUUUUCAGAAACACAAUGUACCAGUGUUUGAAAUUGGUGAAAGUGUGGGUUAUGGUAUCCAAUCUAAAGUGACCAUAAUGGUUAAUAAUGCAUGCUUGGAAACUACGGUAUUGCCACUGAUGCAGAUGUGGGAAGAGACGAGUUACCGGUUAGAACUUCAGCAAACAAUUAAAGAAUGUGCAGAUUCUGAAUUUUUGUCUCUGGCGACAAGAAACGGUCCGAAAUACACUUUAACCUUUGACCCCGAUGAAGAGCAUAUAAUCAAAGAGGAAAGAAUUCCUAUUGCUGUCAUAAGGGAAGAGGGUAUUAAUAGUGAUAGAGAAGUGACAGCCGCUUUUGUUAGGGUUGGAUUUAAGGUGUGGGAUGUUACUAUGCAGGAUUUGUUAAGCGGGGAGGCUAAUUUAGAUAGGUUUAGGGGACUCAUAUUCCCUGGCGGAUUUAGUUAUGCUGAUGUAUUGGGUUCGGCGAAAGGUUGGGCCGCUAGCAUCCUCUUUAAUGAAAAGGUCAAGCAACAGUUCACGAGAUUCUUCAAUAGACCAGACACUUUCAGCUUAGGAAUUUGUAAUGGCUGCCAAUUAAUGGCUUUGAUUGGAUGGGUAGGAAGUCCUUUGACGGAAGAAUAUUCCAAACCAGAUAUUAUACUGGAACAUAAUAAGUCUGAAAGAUUUGAAUGCAGAUGGAGCACAGUUAAGAUUGAAAAAUCAAAAUCAAUUAUGUUAAAUGGUAUGGAGGGAUCAACCUUUGGUGUAUGGGUUGCUCAUGGUGAAGGCAAGUUUGGCUUCCAAAAUAAAUAUGUCUAUGACAAACUAGUAAAAAGCAAUUGUGUAGCUUUACGAUAUGUUGAUGACCAAGGUCUGCCAACUGAAAGUUAUCCAAUGAAUCCAAAUGGGAGUGUAGAGGGAUUAGCUGGAGUAUGCUCCAAUGAUGGUAGGCAUUUGGCAAUUAUGCCGCACCCUGAAAGGUGCAGUCAAAUGUUCCAAUGGCCUUACAUGCCACGUGAGUGGAUACAUUACCGGAAGAGUCCAUGGGAGAAGAUGUUUAAGAAUGCUUAUGACUGGUGUACUAAAGUUAAGUUCCAUCCGGUAUACUAUUAGGUGUAGUCUAGGUUAUGGGAACAACUUACUAAAAUGACUGCCAAUUUAAUUGCCAUUUAAUUGUGAGGUGCUCAGGUCAAUUAAUAUUACUCUAUUUUAAAUCUAUUUUUACAUUAACUCAUAUUUUUAAAUUUUGUAUUAUAAAUGGUUAAAGUCUAAAUAAUUAAGUCUGAGCUUAUAAGGGGUAGUUUUUAAUGGAAAUGCAAUUAGAAAAAUUAAUAAAUUUAAAAACUUCAUUAAUACAUUUUGUCAUUAAAAGUGAAAACCUCCAAACAUUUUGGAAUAACAGUUAGAAUGAGAAUUAAUUUUGAAUAUUGUCUUUUUAUAUUCAUGAAUUCAAGUAAAUAUUAAGUCUUUUCCCCUAAAUGUCCCUUAUGAGAGAAUUUGUUUAUACAAAUGUGAUUAGAAUUGCAGCUUCCUUAUUAAUAAGUGCCUUUAUAUCAGAGAUAUUUAAUCACUAGAGACCAAGCAGUAAACAUUCACUUGAGUAGCAAUAGAUCUCUUAUGGUCGUCAAAUAAGCUCAUGUAUUAACAAAAUUGACUAUUAUAACAAUAUAAAUAAUUAAAAUGCACAUAUUUUGUUACUAGCAAAUACAAAUGUUUCAUUCAAUUUAAAAAGUAAAUAAUAGUUUUAGUAACAUCUUUUUCUAGAUCCUUAACUGUUUUUCUAUGAUAAAGUUUAUGAUCAAUUCUGACUUGGUUUUGCCAAAUGGUUAAAUAUCUGCUUUAUACAGAUUCAUAGUACUCAUAUCUAUUAAAUGUUGACUAUUCCAUUUGUUAAAAAAUUACUUAUAGUUUAUGUUAUUUUUUAUAA